UUGGGCGCGGCAACACUGUUCAAGACUAAGAUAAGCAUUUGUUUUGUUUAGAGAAAAUUUUAGAGGUUAGAUCUGAUUGAAAUCAGAGUUUUGGCUAUGGUAUUAUUUAAUAAUUUUAAAUUCAGCUGAAUUCCUUGUAUACAUCAUUACACCUACACCUUGAUCGUUGCUUUCUGAAAUGAGCCUCAAGUAAUCUACUAAUCUAGUAGCAGAAAUAGAGCAAAGUCGUCCUAUAUUGAGAUUCGCCACAAUCAACUUUUAAAUGGUGGAGGUGUACCAUUCUGUUAGAUAAGCAAUAUAUUACAGUGCAUCUCUUUGCAUCCACAAGCUGCACAAGAUUCUACCAAAUUCUACUAUUUCUGCUGAAUUCAGAGAAAGUACUUGUAGAAUAUUCAAAAAAUGAGUCAAUCAUGGCUGAAAUCAAAAAGAAGGAAAGACAGAAUGAAUUUUGUAGUAUUAAGGGUCAUGAACUAGCAGUAAAUAUUGAAGAAACACCAAUAUAUCUUAAGGUGGCAAUUACAAGUCCUUAUAAAUCAUUAUGCAACAAAUGUAUGGGUUUAUUCCUACUAGUCACCAUUGAUGCAGUUUUUCUCCUUGGCAAGCUGACUCCUAUGUACAUAAUAGUUGGAUUUCUGAUUAUAUCAAUUAUAUUAAUGAUUAAUGUAUGUUGGACCUCUAUAGAAGAAACUGUAGUUAUAAUUAAAGGUUUGGGUGUUCAAAUAGAAACAAAAUAUGUUUUAGGAUCAAAGUCUAAUUUUAUUCCUCAAGAAGAAGUACAAACAGUUUUUAUCAAUGAAGUUAUUUAUAGGAAUAGAGUAUUGUUCAUGCUCACAUUUUUGAUCACAAAUGGAAAUACCAAAGAAAUACUCAUUCCAUUAUUUGUGGAGUCACUUCCUCACUUGCCAUUACUGAAACUAGCGUUGAAUUAUAUUAUAGCAAUUAUCAAUAAUACCUCAUAACACAGAAUUGAUUUUUUGUCCAUGUCUGCUAUAACUGCCAAUAUCUGAAUACUUACAUUCAAUGUCAGAUGAAAUUAUUUCUAAAAUGUGAUUAGAGGUUGUGCUAGUUAUUUACUAUUUAUAUUUUAUUACAUCAUAAUCAUCAGAGAGAGUUGCAUCCUCCAAAAUAAACACUCCAAGUAACCUAAUAAUCGAGUCCCAUAUUUGAAAAAUGAGUUAUUUGGUUCUAAGUUGCAUGGACAUGUUUUUGAUAAAUAAAUUGUUUGGAAUUUGUUACAAGUAGCUGUUUUAUUCUCCAUGAAAAAUCAUUCAACUAUAGAGUAAUUUUACACAUUUCUACUUGUGGAACUUAGUAUUUGUUAAAUGGUAGAGAACAUCAGCUUCGAAAUCCUGGUUCAACAAGAACUGUUCCAGAGCUGUUGUCUUGACACAAACAGCCUACCAUCGCUGGCGCAAGGGACUAAACCCCUUGACUAGAGCGGAAUAUGUUGAAGCAAACAAUAGAUGCUUCAAAAGAAUCAUUCAAUGACAAAAUAAGAUUAAAACUCAUAGAUUGUCCCAAUGGCUCCCGUUUGUUUCGGUCCUUCGCUUAAACAGUCGGAAGGAAUUUCACUAAUAGUUCAUUCCCACCACUCUCCAAAGCCGACGGCACA